CCAAUUUCCUAUUCCUCUUCUUUCUUGAGCGUUAUUCUCUUCUCCACGGUUUAUAAAUCUUGGGCCUUAGGGCGGAAUAAAUCUGAGACCAGAUCAAUAAUCAGGUUCUCUCAGAAACCCUAGAACCCGAUCAGUAACUUCUUGCUCACUCAACCUAUUUGUGAUCAUGGAAUCAUGAGAUGAAGAGAGUGAGAUACGAAGCUAGCUAAAAAGGAUAUCAGAGUGAAAAGGUUUUGAAAAGGAGAAAGAUUUUUGUAUAUUUAAUUUAGAUCUGUAAUCGAAAUAAACAUUUGAAAGUCAUACGGUCGCCAUCAUCUCUACUCUGGCUUUUCCAGAGAGAGACAAAAAUGGCGUCUUCAAGCUCUCCCUGCGCAGCUUGUAAGUUCCUAAGGAGAAAAUGCACACAAGAAUGUGUAUUCGCUCCAUAUUUCCCUCCAGAUAACCCUCAAAAAUUCUCUUACGUUCACAAAGUCUUCGGUGCAAGUAAUGUCGCUAAGCUUCUCAACGAGAUUGCGGCUAACCAAAGAGAAGACGCUGUUAACUCUCUUUUCUACGAAGCCGAAGCUCGACUCCGCGACCCUGUUUACGGUUGCGUCGGUUUAAUCUCGAUUCUUCAACAUCGGCAUAAACAGCUUCAACAAGAUCUUGAAAACGCCAAGAAAGAACUCGCUGCUUACGUUGGUCCUCAAGAUAUGCUUCCUAUUCUCCAAACGCAUCAUCAUCCUCAACCGCAUUUCAUGUCUAUACCGCCGCAGCCGCAGCGACCGUCUUCCUCCUCUUCUUCAGCGUCUGUGCUAACUCAGCAGCAGCAACUGCAUCAUAACUUGUUUCCAAUGAUGGCUAUUCCAACUGGACAACUGUACCAUCAGCAACAGCAAAAUAUUUUUGAGGCUCAGCAACUAGCGGCGGUUAAUGCGGUUGCGAGAGAGCAGCAGCAGAAUGAAUUGUUUAGAGCGUUUGGAGCAGGAGGAGGAAGUAACACUAGUCCACAUCAUUAUCAUCAAAACCAACCUCAAGUUGAGGUUUUGAGGUUUGAUAAUGGUUUUGACUUUGUACCGACCGGUUCAGUUACAGUAACCGGAUUUAAUCAAUUAAGCUCCUGCGGUACAACGGUAACCGGAAUGUCACCGUCUUUGGCUCUUGGUGGUAACUUUGUUGAUAGUCCUCCCACGAAUGAUAGUUAUCAUACGGAUCAGCAAUUACAUCAUCAUCAUCAAAAGCAGCAACAUCAUGAGGCUCAGUUGUUCAUACCUACACAAUCUUCCCAACCGCUACCACUUCAAACGCAGGAGACUCAGACGCAGUCAAAUUCAGAGAGCGGGGAGGGUAGAAGGAGUAUCAUUGAUUCAUCUCGUUAGUUGAAAAAAAAAAAAAAAA